AUGCCGAAGUCCUAUGUCUCCUUUCAAGAUCGGAGUGAACAUGAUGAAGUCGAUUAUUUCUCCUAUCACACCUCCACCACUACCGCGUCCCCCCCAGAGACUCAACGCCGAGUGACCAAUUCGCUGUCCACGAGCGAAGUGAGAUCCCGACUGCCACCCUCCCUGAUCAUGACUCCUGGGUCAACCGAGACGAGUGCCCUUCUGGGAACAGGUCAUGAGCCUGCGCGCCGGUACAAUGAAAGCAUGCCCGAGUCACCAAGGUCCCGGCAACUUUCAAGAGUAAAUAGCUACAGUGGGAGUCUGCACAGGCGUCGAUUUCAUAGUGCCCGACCUUCUGGACAGACGAGUCCGAUAUGGACGCGGAGCUCUGGUCUAAGAACACCGAAGUUACAACAGUCAAUUAUGGGAUCUAUCUCGAGAGAUGACCGGUUGUGGUACGAUCAGUUUACCUCGACCGAUUGGGUCCAUGACAGUAUUGCUGAUGGAUACCGAGUCCUGGAGUUGAGAAAAAGAAGGGGAGUUCGAGGACGUAUUUGGCUGUUCUUCGAUUCUGUUCAAGGAUGGAUUCUCGUUGCCCUCAUUGGUGUCCUUAUCGCCGGUAUAGCAUACUUUGUCGAUGUGACCGAGUCAUCCAUCUUCGAUCUCAAACGAGGCGUCUGUCGAGGGGCAUGGUAUCUCAGUCGAGCCGGUUGCUGUGCCGGAGAACGAACUUGCGAACGUUGGACGACCUGGUCGGGGCUCGUUCGUGCAUCUCCUCUCAAAGAGUCGUCGAUUGACUACCUGGCCUUUAUCAUCGGAUCAGUGGCUCUGGCAUGCUUGUCCUGUUUCCUCACCUUGUAUUCCAAGACUGUGGUUCCGUCGCAAAUCGCUUCCACCUUCGACGAGGAUUUGGGCGCCAUCAGAAGAGAUGUCAACGAAGAGACGGAUGAAGACAAGCCUGGCAGCGUUCGGCCUCUCACGUCGGACGAGAUCCCUCCCAAUAUCUACUACUCGGCCGCUGGAAGCGGUGUUGCAGAAUGCAGAGUUAUCCUCAGCGGCUUUGUUCUCCACGGAUACCUUGGUCUCCGAGUACUCAUUAUCAAGACCAUCGCCCUCGUCUUGAGUGCGGCUUCGGGAAUGAGCUUGGGCAAAGAAGGCCCCUACGUUCACAUUGCCACGUGUGUCGGCAAUAUUGCUUGCAGAUUGUUCUCCAAAUACAACCUCAACGAUGGUAAAAGAAGGGAAGUUCUAUCAGCAAGUGCUGCGAGUGGCGUGGCGGUGGCAUUUGGUUCACCAUUGGGAGGAGUUCUUUUCAGUCUGGAAGAAGUCAGCUAUUACUUUCCACCGAAGACAUUAUUUCGAACGUUCUUCUGCUGCAUUGUCGCGGCACUAUCAUUGAAGUUCUUGAACCCCUACGGCACAUCCAAAAUUGUGCUGUUUGAAGUCCGUUAUUUCACCGAUUGGCGCUUCUUCGAACUUUUCAACUUUGCAUUUCUCGGUUUCGCCGGAGGCCUCGCAGGCGCGCUCUUCAUCAAAGCAUCCCGAUUUUGGGCCACUACGUUUCGUCGAAUAAAAAUCAUCAAAAGUUAUCCCAUGCUCGAAGUGUUCCUGGUCGCACUCGUCACCGGUCUCAUCGGCUUCUGGAAUCGAUACACUCGCCUGGCCGUUACAGAACUCCUCUUCGAACUGGCAAGUCCUUGCCACGAGCCAUCGGACAAUGGACUUUGCCCCAAGAAGGACGAGAUUCUGCCAGUCAUUGGUUAUCUAAGUGUAGCUUUCGUCAUCAAAGCAUUUCUCACCAUCAUCACGUUUGGAAUCAAAGUGCCCGCGGGCAUCUAUGUGCCUUCUAUGGUCGUUGGCGGCUUGAUGGGACGCAUUGUUGGUCACCUGACCCAAUACGUCGUGUUGAAGUUUCCCGAUUUCUUCUUGUGGGGAGAAUGUCAGAAAUCUGGAGAUAUUGAAGCUUGUGUCACUCCUGGUGUGUACGCCUUGGUGGCUGCUGGUGCAACAAUGUGUGGUGUCACCCGUUUAUCGGUUACACUGGCGGUCAUCCUAUUCGAACUGACUGGAAGCCUGGACCAUGUGUUGCCCUUUUCUCUGGGGGUGCUGUGUGCCAAGUGGACCGCAGAUGCUGUCGAGCCAUUAAGCAUUUACGACCUAUUGACAGACAUGAAUUCUUAUCCGUUCUUAGACAACAAGAGCAGUCCAGUUUUCGACUCAGAACUCGGCGACAUCACCCCACGAUUUCGACGAGACAAAGUCAUUGAUAUUACAAUAUCUCCAUUGGUCAAGGCCAGUGAUCUACGGGCGAAACUUCGACGAUUACAAUACCUUGGCGAGUUUGACGGCGGUUUGCCUAUCCUUCGAGACAAAAUCCUGGUGGGUCUUAUUCCAGCUCCUGACCUAGAAUUCGCCUUGGACAGAGUCGAAGAUGAGGACAAUGCGCUCUGUCUCCUCUCCACUAUUAACCAUGCACACAAUACGCAUAAUCGUUACUGGGACGCGUUUGAAGAGACAGGGUACGAUUCCGGUCGUGAAUCCGAUGGAGAAGAUCCUGCAAGCUUGAAUCCAGUAGAUCUUACAGCAUACAUUGACCCCGCACCUGUUGCGUUGGAUAUGCAUUCGCCCAUGGACCUUGUGUACCAGUGUUUCGUGAAAUUGGGGCUCAGGUACAUUUGCGUGUUAAACGAGGGAGAGUUCAAGGGUAUGGUGCACAAGAAGGCAUUUGUUAGAUACGUCAAGACCUUGGAACAUCAAGGUCAUCAUCGUUGA